AUUUAUUUUUUAUACGAGGCAUUCAUCAGCCAGAGACUAGAGGUCUGGGCCCCGGUCUACUCUCCACGUUCUUUCCUGCCAAAAUUCCUUUCGGAAUUUCUACAGCUACAAAAUGUCCCACAGAAAGUUCCAUGCCCCUCGUCAUGGCUCCUUGGGCUUCUUGCCAAGGAAAAGAUGCAAGAGACACAGAGGAAAGGUGAAGUCAUGGCCAAAGGAUGACCAAAGUCAGAAACCACAUCUAACUGCUUUUGUUGCUUUCAAAGCUGGAAUGACUCAUAUUGUGAGAGAGGUAGACAGAGUUGGUUCAAAAUCUCACAAAAAAGAGGUUGUUGAGGCUGUUACCAUUGUUGAAGCCCCACCAAUGGUGGUGGUUGGUGUUAUUGGAUACAUUGAGACACCACGUGGUUUGAGGCAGCUAACAACAGUCUGGGCAGAACAUCUUGGUGAAGAAUGCAAACGCAGAUUCUACAAGAACUGGUACAAAUCAAAGAAGAAGGCAUUCACCAAAGCCAGCAAGAGAUGGUCUGAUGAACAAGGCAAAAAGAGCAUCGAACAAGACUUCCAAAAAUUGAAGAAGUACUGCAAAGUCAUCAGGGUUAUUGCACAUACACAGCAAAAGCUGCUGAAACUGAAGCAAAAGAAGGCACACAUCAUUGAAAUUCAAGUUAAUGGAGGAACUGUUGAUGAGAAAGUUGAGUGGGCACGAAACCUCAUGGAAAAGAAAGUCACUAUCCAUAACACUUUUUACCAGGAUGAAAUGAUUGAUGUUAUUGGCGUCACCAAAGGUCAUGGUUUCAAAGGGGUAACCUAUCGUUGGGGAACCAAGAAGCUUCAGCGCAAGACUCACAAAGGUCUCAGAAAGGUUGCCUGUAUUGGUGCAUGGCAUCCAGCCAGAGUCCAGUACUCUGUCCCAAGAGCUGGUCAAUGUGGAUAUCACCACCGUGUAGACAGAAACAAGAAGAUUUACCGCAUUGGACAAGGAAUCCAUACCAAAGAUGGCAAAAUUAUCAAGAAUAAUGCAUCCACUGAGUAUGAUCUUACUGACAAGUCAAUCACCCCCAUGGGUGGAUUCCCACAUUAUGGUGAAGUCAAUGAUGACUUUGUUAUGCUCAAGGGUUGCAUACCUGGCCCAAAGAAGCGUGUUAUCACCUUAAGAAAGUCACUGAUGCCUCAAGUUUCCCGAAAGGCCCUUGAAAAGAUCACUCUGAAGUUUAUUGAUACAUCAUCCAAAUUUGGUCAUGGACGCUUCCAACAUGUUGAUGAGAAGAGAAGCUUUAUGGGACUCCAGAAGAAAGAUAGAAUUGAUAGAAAUGGCAGCAACUAAUAGCUAUGAGAAAUGGAAAUAAAUUGAUUGAAAA